UUGUAUACCUUCAUAUUUAUAAUGAACUGUUUUGGUGGGAUAUGGUAAAAUAACAAUUAAGUAAUCAGUUAUUUAAUAAUUUUCUUAGAGAAAUUUCUAGCAGUGAAGGAUUUAAUCUAAUUGAGAUAAACAGAGAUGAAACCUACGAGUAAAAAUAUAAUUCACACUUUUUUGUAUGUGGUUUUAGAGUACGCAAGUGACAUCGUAUCUGAAAACUACACGUGCAAAACUGAAGGGAAUAUCACGGUUUAUGUGAAUGCAUCCGAUGAAUUUGUUUAUGAGAAUACUUCAAUCACUUUCUGCUGUACGAAUAUUGUCAGUAGAAACUGGAUGCUGAAAGCUGAUGAUCUCCAAAUUACACCACCAGGUGAUAUUAGUUUUCAGUUUUCCUAUACGGGAGAGGAAAAAUAUUUUCCCAUGGGUGCUCAAGUUGAUUUUGACUUUGGAGAUGGAAAUUCCAAGUCCUAUAUUGUUUUCGAAAACGAGAAUCGCAUAAUAGAGGAGACAUAUUCCUAUGAACUUCAAGGUGUUUACAAUGUUACAGUAAAAGUUUACAACAUUUUUGAUGAAGAAUUUUUCAACUCACAGGUGACUAUAUUGGAAAAAAUGGGCAAUUUGGAAGUUUUUGCACAGUAUUCAAUAGAUGAAAGUCAAGAACUUACAAAUUUACAUGGUCCUGAUGAAACCGAUGUUCCAAUCAAUUCUAUUGUGAGCUUUACAUGUAAAAUCUCAGGAUCUGUCGACAACUUCAUCAUGACAUUAAAAGAUAAAACUGUGGAACAAACUAAAGAAGAGGACAUAUUUUCAAAUCAAUUUGAUGAGGUUGGCAAAUAUAGGGUCAGUUUCUUGGCUAAAAACUUCCUGGAGGAAAGUAAUAAUGUUACUUUGGAAUUGCGAGUAAUGUCUGAGCCAGUAGGUUUGUCGCUACAAGCAUCAUCUUCGGACGUUUUGCUGGAUGAGGAAUUAGAAUUUACUAUAAGCUUUGAGUUUAUUGAUCAAUUUACAUGCAUCUUGUUUGAUGCAGGCGAUGAGGAAAUUAAACAAGCAUUUGGGUCUAAAGAAAUGUGUGAGACUUUAGAAGACGAGAAUUUUCAUUUCAAUUCCCGUCAUUCUGACAGAAAAAGAAGAGACGCCGGUGAAAUAUCUUGGAUUGAUGACAACACCAUCAGCAUUAUCUAUGCCUACCGAAGCGACGGACUUUUCAAACCUGUGGCUAAAGCGUUUAAUACCAUCUUUGAAACGAAUUCAAGUACUAAAGUAAAAGCCUCAUAUCCACCUUCUAGUAUUUGGAUUGAGAACAAUUCCACCAACAUAAAGAGACCAAUGAGAUUUUUUAGAGAAGAAAACUUCAGACUGGAGACCACAGCACUGUUGAUGGACCGCCCAUCCAAUUCUUAUGAAAUGUCUUGGGAGGUGAACAAAAUCACUGACGAAGAAGACGUCAUUGAAUCCAUUGACAUAUCCGGCAUCCGAUCUUCAAGCUGUUCUGCGUUGCGUUUUCCACAUAGGUUUUUGGAUGUAGGACUGUAUAAAAUCAGAUACUUCGUUACCAUAUCCAAUAAUGGAAGCCUCAACCAAACAAUGUCUUGCUUUACAUAUUUGGAGAUCAUGAGCGGACCACUGCAGCCCAUGAUAAUACACGGAGGAGCCUCUUAUAUACUUCGGGGUUACAAUCAGCUAGUUUACUUGGAACCUAGUAUAUAUUCUGUAGAUCCAGAUAAUCCAGAUGAUAAGAACUUUGAAAUCGAAUGGUUUUGCCGUUCUUUUGAUGCCAAAGAUUUUUUUAAUGCCACUGAAGAAUAUGAUAAACAAAUAAGCUUGUCAGAAAAAUCCAUAACUCAAGUGCAUAUUGAUCAAAGAACCGAAAAUGGGAAGUGCUUCAAAGGAAAUAAAGAAGAGGAAAAAAUGGAUGGUCCUAAUUUUGUGCUUAAUACUGGAGAUUUGCGUGGUUUUUUCAAUCUAUAUGAAUUCAAAGCGAUUGUUACAAAAGACAAACGAAAUAAAAUUACUAAAAUAUAUAUCGAUGUUAUUGAAGAUAUUCCUCCAGGUAUUAUUUUACGGUGUGAAAAAUCCGUUGCAUGUAUUGUUACUGAUGAAGGUUUCAUCGUGAAUCCAACAGAUUUUAUAGCCGUGAGAGCGGAAUGUGUUACAGAGUGUGGCGAUGAUAAUCUCGUUUAUGACUGGGAGAUAUAUGGUGUCCAUGAUACUACAAAAGAUAAAGAAGUAAUUGAUAACUGGAAAGAUUCUGUUGUCAUUGAUGAAGACCGGUUAGGAAUCAAUCGAACUUUGUUUCUAACUCAUGGACAGUAUCGCUCGUUUCAUGUUCAAGUGAGAGCUUCAGAUUCGAAGAAUAAAGAGAGAGCGAAAGGUGUAGCCAAACUCUAUUUGCAUAUUAACAAACCUCCAAAUCCCGGAACGUGUACCCUCAGUAAUAAUGCUGGAUUAGCCAUGAUUACUAUAUUUAACAUAGAGUUCAAUGGCUUCAAAGAUCCUGAUAACCAUGCCCUGACAGAUUAUAGCGUGUAUAUUGUAUACAAAGAAGUGAGGUUUCACAUCCAUUAUGGUAUUAAAACUUCGGCUGAUUUCAUUCUACCUCCAGGAGAAAUGGAAAUCAUUUGUGCUGUUAGAGACAAGCUGGGAGCUGUCACAGAAUUAUCUGCUGGAUUCGUAACAACAAGUAUGCCAUCUGAUGAAGAAAGAGAUGACUGGGAAGAGACAGUGAACGUCAAUUUCUUCGUUGCUGAAGGUAAAAUGUCGCUCGUGUCACAAGCUGUUGCUGCAGAAGCAUACGUUGAUGAAGAAGUGCGUCAUGAGAGAGAUGGUGGCUUCGAAGCUCAAGUGGAUGCGAUUUGGGAACACUUCAAAGAACUUGAAGGUAUUGACACGAGCUACUUCACAAAGGAAGCUCGUGAGGAAAUUGAAGCACAAGUUCGAGAUGAAAGAGCUGAAAUUAAAGAAGAAUCGGCUGAGGUGAAUUUGAAAAUGUUCCAGUCUUUGGAAAUCCUACCAUUUGAAGUCUUAUAUGACGCUGAAGUAUAUGGUCAAGCAGUCAGUGCCUUAGCGGAAACCAGGCCCUUAAAUAAAGAAAGCAAAGCUAUUUUAAAUGGAAUGAUCAAAGAUAUUUAUGAAGCUUCCCAAGAAACGGAAGUGGCCCACCCAGCUGACAAAGAAAUUGCUAAUAUGUUAUUAGCAAACUCUAUGAAUUGCCUAUCUCGAACUUUGUCAGAAGAGGUGAUUGGAGGAAAUUUUCUUCCAUCAGAACUAGAAGAAGCUUAUGAGUACCUAAGUUUCAACAUUACUCAGCCGAAUUUUUUUAUAUUAUAUGUGGAAGGCAGUAGAUGGGAAGUGGAAGAAAAAGUCCACAUGAAAAAAGUCGAAGGCGUUAAGAAUUUUACCCUUGGCGAGAUCAAUGGGCAAGUGAAGCAGAUGAAAAAUAUUACAGAUGAGCUGAAAAAAGACAUAUUGAAAGAUAUCAUGGUUGGUGAGACGCCAUUGGUUGUAGAUACUUCAUCGGGAUUUCAGCUUCAAGUGGAGAAGAGACAUGCUGGGGAGAUAGGCGGAGAAACCAUGCAGAACAGAGAGACAUCAAUAACAAUGCCCGGACCCUGUACCCUUCUCGGGAAAAAUGCUGGAUGCGAAGAAUCUACUCCUAUAGGAUUAGUGUCUGUAAAAUGGUCAAGUAUUCUCGAAACAGAAGGUACAGAUGAUGUGUCGCUCAGUGCUGAUUCAAGCUCGUUAGAUUUGUCUCUGACCAACAGAGAAGGAAACGAAACAUUGAAGAUUGAAAACGCUGAAGAUCCCUUCGAGAUAUGUUUGUCUCUGACACCACCAUCAGACGAUGGUGCUGGUCGCAGAACACCCAUGAGGUUCGUCAAGCCAUCUUUCACCAACAAUGACGACUUUCUGGUGUACCAUCAUCUGAGUAUCUCUGGAAGUGGCGCAGCGGUGAAAGUAGAAUUCCGACCAGAAGAACAAAACUCUCCAUUUGUGUUCUUUUAUGGGGUGGGUUACAAGCCCUCCUUGUCUAUUCAUGACGGCAAAGAGUUUAUGAAAAAUUCUCCAAAGGAAGGUGACAGCUAUAGCAUGUUGUUCAGUGCCGAUAGCGACGAAGGAGAAGAUUUCUUUUUUGCAGUCGGACUCUUGUCCAACAGUUCUUCUAAAAAUGAAGAAUUAUUCAAAGGUGACAAAAAUCUAACGCGCAGUGACAUGACCAAUUCGUUUACUUCUGGUUAUUUCAUAGCCCUUUAUACCACUGGUUGCUAUUACUUUUCCGAAGAAACAUCAGAAUGGAGUGGAGACGGUUGCAAGGUACAUGCUGCGAAAGCUAACAAGAUUUGCUGCCUAUGCAAUCACCUGACCAUGUUUGGAAGUGGGUUUUUAGUAGCCCCGAACACUAUUGAUUUCGAUUAUGUCUUUGCGAACACAAAAUUUGAAAAUAACCUGACAAUAUAUUUGACGCUGAUUAUCACUUUUGCAACGUAUGUACUUCUAGCUAUUUGGGCUAGAUGGAAAGAUAGAAAAGAUCUUACUAAGUUGGGCGCAACUCCUCUGGCUGAUAAUGAUAUGGCAGAUAAAUACUUUUACGAAAUUUUAGUGCAAACUGGAUUUCCUUUAAACGCUGGAACUGAUUCAAAAGUCCACUUUAUUCUGUCUGGAGAAGAUGACGAAACUGAUGUCAGGACAUUCUCUGAUGAAAAGCGAGAAAUAUUCAAACGUGGUUCUCUCAAUUCUUUUGUUAUGUCUGUACCCAGGUGUCUUGGUCAGUUGAAUUAUUUACGAAUAUGGCAUGAUAAUUCAGGAAAAGGAAAAAAUGCAUCUUGGUACUUAAAGCACAUUGUUGUCAAAGAUAUUCAUACUGGAUACAAGUACGAAAUUAUAGCUGAAAGAUGGUUUGCAGUAGAAGAAGGCGAUGGUUUGAUUGAUUAUCUCAUACCUGUGGCAGGUAAAGAACAAACAACGGAAUUUUCCCACCUUUUCUCCAAUGCUUCCAGACGAAACCUGACAGACAAUCACUUGUGGUUAUCUGUUUUCACAAGGCCGGAACGAAGUCGAUUCACAAGACUCCAGAGACUGUCUUGUUGCAUGGCUAUGCUUUACCUAUCAAUGCUUACAGAUGCUAUGUGGUACGAAACGGUUCCAGAACAACCGAGCCCUGGAGCUUUCAAGCUCGGACCUUUACAACUGAGCCCAGAACAAAUUGGCAUUGGACUUCUGGCGAACCUAAUAGUUUUUCCACCUAGUUUUAUAAUGAUUGUAUUGUUCAGAAAAUCUCGUGUUCGCAAACUUCGUCCAUCACACGUCAACAUUGCCUUAGGAAAUCAAUACAAGAGAUGGAGAAAGGAAUAUGGACUGCAAAACUCCCAGGAAAAAAGCAAGCGAAGACAAACAAAAGCUGUGGAAUUAGAAGAGGAAGUUCAUUGGCGAAACCAUUCGAAAAAGAAAUGUUUGUUACCUUGGUGGUGUUCUUACAUAGGAUGGCUCUUCGUGAUUGCAUCGAUUGCCUGUAGUAUUUUCUUUAUCUGGGCUUACGCAUUGCAAUUUGGAAAUGAGAAGACUAGAAAAUGGCUGACAUCCUUAGUUGUUGCCUUCUUCUCUUCAGUUUUUCUGACAGAGCCUCUCAAAAUUUUUCUACUAGCAUUAGUUAUGGCUUGCGUGUGUGGAAAUCCUGACGUUGCUGACGAUGAUUUGGAUGACGAUGAAGAAGAUCCUUAUUUGAAAGAGGAUGAAGAAUGGUUGCACGACGUUCACACAGGUGUUGUUGUACAGAGGCCCAAGUAUCGACCCAUAGAUCCCCAUUCCCUGGACGCUGCGAGGAAGCUUCGAGAAAAAGAAGUACAGAUGUAUCAAGUUCUCAGAGAAAUGGGAGCAUAUAUUCUUUAUUUGUGGAUUCUAAUGAUACUGAGCUACGGAAAUAGAGAUCCCAACAGUUUUUUCAUUCGCGAGGCUCUGAUUAAUGGUUUCAUUAAACCAGGAGAUCUGUGGAAUGAUUUCAAUAAUGUGAAUACCGAAGUUAGAUUUUGGAAUUGGACUCGGCAUUCUUUAAUACCAGAGUUGUUUGCCAUGGAGUGGUAUAACGGAAGACCACCUUUAGGGUUGCGUUUAUACCUUGAUGAUAGAAAUAAUUUCAAGAUUGGAUAUCCAGUUCUUAGACAAGUCAGAGCAAGAACAGAUUCCUGCACAGUCCCUUAUCAAGUAGAAAACAUCAUCGAUGAAUGUGCAGGUUUUGGUAAUGUCAUCAAUGAAGACGAUCGCUUUUAUAAAAAAUUCUGGCACUCAAAUUUAACAAUGAGCUCUAGAGUGCCACCAGAAUACAAAUACAUGACAGCUAAAGACCUCAAUGGUUUUCCCUUUUGGGGACAGCUGGAUUGGUAUGGAGGUGGUGGUUAUAUUGUACCACUCGUUACUAAACGUUAUACUGAUGGUGCGAAACUCAUAUCUAAAAUGGACCACCUUGAAAAAACUGGCUGGAUCGAUAAGGACACGAGAGCUGUUUUUGUUGAAUUUGGGACAUAUAAUCCUCAGGUGAAUCUUUUCGUGGUGUUAACCAUUGUUGCUGAGUUUUUGCCAGGGGGUGGUGUGGUACCUUACUACCACAUUGAUCCAAUCAAACUACUUCAUUACCACACAGGAGCUGGACUGUUAAUUCUACUCUGCCAAAUUGGCUUCAUUCUUUUUACAAUAUACUACACGAUUUGCGCAUUUGUAAGUGCUUGCAAGCAGGGCAAAAAAUAUUUUAAGGAAUACUGGAAUAUAGCAGAAAUAGCAAACAUCUUGGCAGCAUACUCGAUCAUCGGUGUAGAAAUCUACAAAAUGAUCAUAACGCAGCAGAUUCUAGCUAUAUUUACAAAAACAGAAGGAACGGGAUAUAUCAAGCUCCAAGAAGCAUUGCUACUUGAUGAAGCUUUCUGCUACUUAAUCGGGUUUUUAAUGUCCUUAGCUACUCUGAAAUUUCUCAAACUACUUAGAUUCAACAAAAGGAUUGGGGGCAUGAUCUCUACUGUCAGGCUGUGCGUUCAAGAACUUAAAGGUUACAGUGUUUGCCUUAUUAUAACCUUCAUUGCUUUUGUCUGUCUCUUCUGGAUGACUCUUGGACGAGGUGUUAGGGAAUUUUGUUCAUUUUUGGCUUCUUUCGAAUCUUCAAUAAGCAUGCUGUUAAAGAAGUUUAAUUACCAUGAUAUGGAAGCAGCAUCACCUAUUUUAGCACCAAUAGCAUUUUUCACAUUUGCUUUAACAGCCUCUGUCAUAUUGGUGAAUAUCCUAUUAACCAUUAUUAUACAGUCGUUUGAGGAUGUUAAGCGUGAUACAGCAUUACAAAGUGAUGCGUAUCAACUCAUGGAAUUCAUGAUUAGACGACUUAAGUUAAUGUUAGGCAUUGGCAAAGAACAGAGUCGGAUUGCACCGGUAGUCUUUGCGACAGCUAAAAAGGAAGAUAACAAUAUAAUAGAUUCUUUUAAUGGGAAAGUAGAUUUAUUAUUGGAUUUUAUUAACAGUGUUUAUUUGGAUGAUCAAAUGGAUAUAGAAUUUCUUAACAAGUCACGGGCGCAGUUGCAAAACCAACUGAUAAACACAGAGCCUAAGAAAAAGAAAUAUAGACCGAGAAGGAUACCAAGAUAUCAACCACAACAAGUUAAAAAAAUCUUGGACUUUUAAUCAACAAAAUCUUUUUUUUUUCUACUUAUCACAGCACAAAUUAUCUAUAUAUAUGUAUAUAAUUUACAAUUAUUGUGAGAUGUAUAUCUAGAAUCACAUAAUGCAUUAAACGUAACAUUGAAAAAUCA